AAAAACCAGGAGGAGAAUUUUGAUUGCUGGAUUGUCGCCGUCAGCGGCAACCACCGCGCGCGCGCGCGUACCAGUUCCGGAAAAAGAAACAGCAGCCUCUGCCCUUCGUUUUUAUACGCUCACCCGACGACAGGCGAUGGGGGGAACAGCUAUAGCCCUGCAGUUAGUAGCAUCUCGUUUCAGAGCUCAGAGGAGGGAGGAGGAAGAAGAAGCAGCAGCAAGGCAUGGAUUGCUGCAUCUGCAGCCCCGUGGCGUCCGUGUACAGGCUGCCAAGGAACGCCAUCUGCGCUCCCUGCCACCAAGGCGCCAAGGCCAUCAUCGGUUUCCUCGACAGGGAUGGUGAGCGGGAAGAGGACGACGGCGGUGGCCGUUCUGUCCAGCUCCAGCCUCGCGGCUCGGCCAAGGGGCUGAGAGAUGCGUGGGAGCAGGUGAAGGAGAUGAGAGCCAGGGAGGAGGAGACCAGGCAGAGAGCUGCCUUCCUCCAGCACGGCUUCGCGUCGGCGUGGAAGGAGGGAAUCCACACCGACAUCGUCGUCAAACCUGGCACCGGUCCCGCGAUUCCAGCCCACAAGGCCAUCCUGGCCGCGCGGUCGGAGGUGUUCCGGCACAUGCUGUCCGGCGACGACCGCUGCAAGGCCCCCGCCGGCGGCUCCAUCUCGCUCCCGGAGCUCUCCCACGACGACCUGUCCCUCCUGCUCGCCUUCCUCUACACAGGCGCUCUGGAGGCGCCAGGAGAAGGAGGAGGAGAGGCCAGCCAGGACCAGGAGCGGCAGCUGCACGCGCUCCUCGUCGCGGCCGACAAGUACGAUGUGCCGUUCCUGAGGCGGGUCUGCGAGGCGCGGCUGGCGGCGGGCGUGGCGCCCCGGAACGCGCUGCGGACGCUUGAGGUCGCCGAGCUGAGCUCCAGCGCCGCGCUCAUGGAGCGCGCCAUGGGCGCCGUCGUGGAGCACGCCGAGGAGGUCGUGUUCUCGGCGGAAUACGAGCGGUUCGCCGCACGGAACGCGGGGCUGUGCGUCGAGAUCACCCGCGCGCUGCUGGCCAGGAUGCCGACGCCGGCGAGGAGUGAUGGCCCGUGCUUAGAGCUUGGAAGCAGCUAGCUGAUGCAUGCAGUUGUAUUGUAUCAGAUGAUGAUGGAUCGGAAAGAAUACUACUCUUGUUCCAGUUUCGAGUCACGACAAUAUGUAAUUGUAAACGCAUAAGUUCUUCUGAAACACGGGCGAGCACGAUGAGCAAGACUGCAAGAACAA